AUGUACAGUACAUACUCACCCAUAUACCACCUUAAUUGUUUCGAUUUCAGCUCACACUUCACCAUUGCUACACUUGCUGCUAUGUCGUUCUUCAUGGAAAAUCUCGAUGAGGACUCGGAGUAUGGCACGAUCGACACAUUUGAUCCCAAGCGCGAGCUCAAACUGGCGGCGAGACACCAGAGCUGGAUCAAGUUUUUGCAGCGGUACUCUGAGUGCGAAUUGGACUUAUCUGUGAUAUCCAAGCCCAAAAGCUACCCCGAAGAGUAUACAUACCUGCAUCCACCGGACUGCUGGAACGAGUUUGAACGACUGCUGAACCUCGAAAUGGUGCGUCGCCAACCGCAAUGGCAGGACGUGUCUUUCUUCAAACAGCUGAUGCGACUGUGUUUGGAAUCCACCAAUACAGAAUCCGUCACUAUCUCCUUCAUGGAUCGGUUCACACAGACGGUGGCUUUCAGCAUGGGCAAGCGCGGCUUUGAAAUGACUGUACCCCGAAAGCGGUCUCUGGAUGCCCAUGCAGUUCUUUCAGCUUCAAACUUGAUUUUGCUAGAUACCCGUCUUGACUGGAGGACUAAGAAUCAUCCGAUGGUUGUGGACAAGCCCCAUAUCCUGUUUUACGCUGGUGUUCCAUUGAAGACUUUGAACGGCUUUUCCAUCGGAGUACUUGCCGUAUACUCCAACAUUGCCCGAACUUCGCUUCCCAAAAACCUCUCUCGCUCCCUGUCAGACUACGCAGAUGUCAUCAUGACCCAUGUUUGUGGGCAACGAAAAGCCAUGGUCAACCAUCUCCAUGCCUACCACGAGUCUCUCCAGGAUGUCCUGCGCGUCCCCCUCGACUCGGAAGGCGCACUUCUCAAGUCUCCAGUCUUUGAAGAGGUCAAAUACAUACCCCCCGCGUUUCUCAAGACGCUGGACGGCCUUACAAAGUCCGCGACUAUCAGUCGCGCCUGUGGAAUGAUUGGAGAGCGCAUGAGAGGAUCCUGCGUAGUAUACGUUGCCGAAGUUUCCAUCACCACCAUAAGAAAAUGCAGCUCUCAGGACUUCAUCUACAAGACCCGAGUUCCAGUGCCUCGCAUCUUGUCCAGCCGCUUAUCUUCGCCCGUGUCUACUGAGACGUCUGUCAGAGUGAUUCAUGCUCUUGACAAGGAUACUCGCAACCAUUCGAUGCUCGAUUCACAUAUUCUUGGCCAGGCUUUGCUGUCUGAUACAGGCAUCUGUCACAAUAACAGCCAUACCAGCCCCCUUCCAGCUCAGGUGUGCGUGGGCUUCAGGAAGUACCAUCCCACGGUCGGACUGGCUCCCGGCUCAAGUAAGUGCGGAAGCCAUGUGUAUGUGGAGCAAAAGAUGACAGGAUUGGUGCUUGGAGGUAUUUGUUUUGAGAGCCGGUUGAUGUUUGAGGAUGUCAAUGCAUUCAAGCAGGUGGGUAGGGCGUUAGAUGCAAAGCUGAAGGAGUAA